AUGCAAAGUUUGCCGCCUCAGCGCCCAGACACGCGGCGUCCUUCCGUGGGCUGCCAACAGGCUCCAUUGGCUACGUUACACUCAGUCAGAAAGGCCGCGGCUUUUGGUGGCCUUUCUUUAUCGAACCGCAGUUUGUUGGGCCUUGGAACUUUGGCCUUGAGUGCAAGCCGUUUGUACAAACGGAGAAUCUGCCCAGGCGUUCGAAGUUGCAAGAGCGACGAGCUGCAAGACUUGUGCACAUGGUUGAAGCAGAUCGGAACAAAGGGAGUCGACGAUCUCCGACUCGAUGUCAGCAUGAAGGAGGGUGGAGGUCUCGCCGCAUUUGCGAAGAGGGACUUUGCGCCAGGAGAAGUUGUUUGCCGCGUUCCAGAGCAGGGCAUUCUCGUCGGUGAACAGCAGGAAGGUCUUCUGAAGGAGGCAUGCUUGGCAAGAGCACUUCUGCGCGAAAAGGAACUGGGAUCCGAGUCGUUCUUCGCACCCUAUAUCAGGUGUCUGCCAACAGAAAGUGCGCUUCCGUCGAUUCAUCCCUACUUCUGGCCACCUGGGCUGGACAUCGAAGAAUUGAUGGUGGGGAGUGCCCACGGCCGGCGUGUUGCGAGAGAGAUCUUUCAAGAAGGAUGUGAAAACGUCGAGAAGUUGGUUGCAGCCGGCAUUUCACAGCAGGAUGCACGUUGGGCACUCGCCAUUGUAGAUUCCAGGGCUUUUACUUUUCUUCCGGAUUCCGCCGAAGAGCAGCUUGCGUUAGUGCCGCUCGUGGAUAUCCUGAACACCACGACGCUCUUCAAGGACGGUGUGCAACUUUGGCAGUGUUCCUUCGAACCACAAGGCUCUGUCAGAGACGGGGCGUUGCUGCUGGCUGAGGGGCCGGUCAAAGCGGGCGAGGAACUCCUGCAUCUCUAUGGCCCCAACUCCUCUGCCAUGCUCUGGUCCAUCUACGGUUUCCUCGAAGACAGGGAGGGGACGGAGAAUCUCUUUGAGAUCUGCGGCCUCGAGGUCGACGUGUCUGCCACUUUGGCAGAUGACCCGCCGAAGCUGAGAUCUGCCAAGCUGGAAGCCCUAAGCCGCGCAAAUGUCUCUGAGCGCCUGCUGUUUGAGCUGCCGGGUGAUGCUCAAAUGGGUGGAAGGAUGAUGCCGUUUGCCAGACUGCUCGCAGGCGACAGUGUGGAGGAUGUCCGGCGAUUCGCAGAUUCUUUGGAGCUCGUGACACCGGUCCAGGCGGGGCUCGCCCGGGAGCUCUCGGCGCGGCGCCUGGUGGUUGCAUGGCUGCGCAAGGGCCUGCAGGACUCCUUCAACGCUUCGGCAGCACCGUUGCCGGAGUCCGAAACUCAUCAGAUGACGGAGCUGCGCAGGAGAGUUGAGACGCUUGAGACCUUGAGCCUCCGGGGCCGAAGCGGGGAUGCCGAAGCGAUGCCGAAGCGAGGACGGCCAAGAGGCUGA